AUGUACUUGGGUCCAAGCGCGGAUCACAAGGCGUGGCGUGUGUGGGACUUGGAGCACGGGAAGCUCGUGGUGUCGCGCGACGUGGUGUUCUACGAAGACACCUUCCCGUCCAAGUCGAUGCACGUGCCCUCGGUCAUCAUUGACCCUCCCCCCUUGGAUGCCGCGGAUGAGGCGGAUGUUGCUCCUACGGCUUCUCCUCCUCGUACGAGUGAGGGGGAGAAUGGAUCGGGUGCGGUUGGAGUGAGUGCGGAUGAAGAACAUGCCAAGGAAAGUGACCCUUCAUCUCCUCCUCCUAAAAUCACUCCCACCCUCGCAUCCACUCGCACUCGGAGGACUCCUCGUCCCAAAUCCAAGUUGGAUGGCUACUCUCUUGUGGCGGGGGAUGAUGAGGGAGGGGGAGAUGCUAUGUGUCUUGAGGCAUACACCGACACACCGUCCACCUACCAAGGCGCCAUGAGCUCGGCGGAAGCGGCGGAAUGGGAACGUGCGCUUCAAGCGGAGUACGAUUCGCUCAUAGCGAACGACGUCUACGAGCUCGUCCCCAUGCCCCCCGGCGCCUACCUCGUUGGCUCUCGUUGGCGGACGUGA